ACAAAACAUCAAUCAGCAAUCUCUGAGUCUACAUGAUCCAAACAAAAAAUAAUAAGCCGUUCACAGUAUAUUGCGACAUGAAGACACAGAGAGGAGGCUGGACACUAGUUUAUAGCUACACUUUUACAAACUACAAAAGCUUUACGUCUGGUUGCAAUGCUGUAAUCCCUAGACCUAACUGGCCUGCUAGUGGUGUAACAGUUCCAGUUUCAAAAACUCCUCCACUAAGCAAAUCGUUAUUUGGAGCAAUGGAUUGGAAUCUUUGGAAGGAAAUUGGAAGCGAGUUCAUGGUGACGUCAAACAUUAAUCAUUGGAUUGUUUGUGAACCUGGAACUGGAAGUUUGGUGGCAAAGAAAAAUGGAGUUAUUUUAUGUCGAAAUGUAAAGAAUACUCCUUCUGCCUGUAAAAACAGGGCUCCUUCGUCCAUCCGCUGGCUUUCAACUGGCCACUUAAAAGACAGUACUCAUUUUUAUUUUUUUGAAGGCAGCACAAGCACAUAUUGGCCUACACACAAUCCAUGUGGCACCAACCAAGGUAAUCAAAAGAAAGGUGUUUCUGAUCUUCAAGGAAACAUUUAUAUUUGAUAGAUGUAACAGUAAUUACCAUUACUUUAAUCUCGUAAAUUUGUUUUCUGUAAGCAGUCUAUUAAACGAUAAACUGAAACAAGUAGAAUCAAAUCUCAGCAUAUCAGUAAAUGUGUAGUUUACUUUUAAAAAUUAAUGAAAUAUAUUCCAAGAAAGACAUCUUGCUACCUCAAGAUAUAAGUUUUGUGAAUACUCCCCUUCAGAACAUUUUCAAACUUUCAUUUAAUAAAAAUUAAUGCCCAACAUAAAGCUUUAAUUAUAGCCAUUGAGAUAAAUCAAGUUCUAAAAAGGUUGUAAAAAUAAAUUAUUUGAAACUCA